AUGCUUGAAAAGGCAGCGGAUGAAGCCAAAUAUGUCCUUCAUUCUAAGUGCAGCCAACCUCGUCUCACCCAUCUCUCAUUCGCCGAUGAUGUCAUGAUUUUCACCGAGGCUACUCCAAAUUCACUGCAUCAGAUAAUGCAGAUUUUGGCUGACUUUGGCUCCUACUCUAGGCUUCGACUAAACUUGGACAAAUCUGAACUCUUUACUAGCGGGAUCACUGAACACGACUCUACCACGCUCUGCCCAGCUCUCGGCCUUAAGCAGGGAAAACUACCUAUGCGAUAUUUGGGCAUACCGCUUAACGCGACGAGGCUAUCAAAAUCUGACUUCCAGCCGAUUAUUGAUAAGAUCAAAGCGAAGAUAGCAUCUUGGACAACCCGUUUUCUCUCCCUUGAUGGUAAAAAUGACCCUGAUGUCUACAUUGAGUGGGAAAGAAGGGUGGAGUUAGUCUUCGAUUGUCAUAACUAUUCUGAAGAGAAGAAGACGUCGAAAUCGGGAGCAACCAGUUGGAAGUUGAGAGGAAAUGAAAGCUGUCAUGAGAAGAAGGGAAAUAAGACAGUUGAGGAGUAUCAUAAAGAGAUGGAGAUCGCUAUGAUCCGUGCUAACAUCGAAGAGGACCGAGAGGCAACCAUGGCUCGAUUCGUCAAUGAUCUUAAUCGAGAGAUUAGCAAUGUGGUGGAGUUACACCAUUACGUAGAGCUCGAGGAAGUGGUGCAUAUGGCAAUGAAAAUAGAAAGACAACUCAAAAGGGUCGAACAUCUUCACGAUUUGAAGGGACUAGCUCGAGUUCGAGGUGGAAUACUAAACUCGAGGGGACUAGUUCAAGAUGGAAUUCAGGGUCAAAGCACGAUGAGAAAUCACCUUUUAAAGCAAGAGGAGACAAAGUCGCUACCAACUCAUCGUCAUAUUGCUUCUCAGUGUCCCAACAAGAGAACUAUGAUUAUGUUAGAGAAUGGGGAUAUUGAAACUGAUGCAGAAGAAGACAACAACUCCAUGCCAUCACUCGAAGAUGUUGAUGAGGUAGAACAUGCUGUCACGGGGCAAGCCCUUAUUGUUUUGAGAGCUUUACAUGUGCAAGCUAAGGAGGAUGGGGAUGAACUACAAAGGGAGAAUAUCUUUUAUACUCGAUGUCAUGUGAAAGAUCGGGAAUUUAAUGACAAGUUUCCCGAAGAGAUGCCACCAGGAUUACUACCAAUACGAGGGAUUGAGCAUCAGAUUGAUUUCAUACCAGGAGCACCAAUCCCGAAUCGACCAGCAUAUAGGAGCAAUCCGAAAGAAUUCAAUGAGUUGCAAAAGGCUGUGAAUAAGAUAACGAUAAAAUAUCGUUACCCUAUUCCUCGUUUAGAUGACAUGCUUGAUGAAUUGCAUGGUUCCACAAUAUUUUCUAAGAUUGAUUUGAAAAGUGGGUACCAUCAAAUUCGCAUGAAAGAAGGUGACAAAUGGAAAACGACAUUUAAAACCAAAGGUGGAUUGUAUGAAUGCAGAAGUGAGCAUGAUCAUUUGAGUCACUUAAGAUGUGUUCUUGAAGUGCUGAGACAAGAGAAAUUAUAUGCUAACCUUAAGAAGUGCAACUUUUUCUUGGAUAGCGUUGUGUUUCUUGGUUUUGUUGUUAGUCCUAAGGGAGUAGAAGUGGACGGUGAAAAGGAGAAAAAGCCUAUUGCUUACUUUAGCGAGAAACUCAGCGGCGCAACUUUGAAUUACUCCACGUACGAUAAAGAACUCUAUGCAUUGGUGAGAGCUUUUGAGACAUGGCAACACUACUUGUGGUCUAAAGAAUUCAUAGUCCACACCGAUCAUGAAUUUAUCUCUCUUCAUCUCUCUCUCUCUCUCUCGCUUGCGUCUCCGAUCAACGGUGGAGGAGAAAGGCACGGCUGCCCCCGGAAAGCUCCGACACCGGAGGAUGCGGCGGCCUCCGCCGCUAAGGCCGAGAAGCUCCGGUCACUCCAGUCUCGGUUCAUACUUAAUCACCACAACAAACUUUAUACCGAGGAAGCUAUAGAGCUUAGUGCGAAGCUUCUAGAGAUCAAUCCGGAGGCGUACACGGCGUGGAACUAUCGGAAGCUCGCUGUGGAGGACAAGAUUUGUCGAUCCAAAUCGGAUCCUAGCAUGGUCAAGUCAAUUCUCGAUGAAGAACUUAGGGUGGUAGAAAGUGCAUUGAGGCAAAACUUUAAGUCCUACGGAGCUUGGCAUCAUCGGAAGUGGGUUCUGAGUAAAGGGCAUUCAUCUAUAGGGAAUGAAUUGCGGCUUUUGGAUAAGUUCCAGAGGCUGGAUGCUCGGAACUUUCAUGCUUGGAACUAUCGCAGGUUUGUGGUGGAACUAAUGAACAGGUCAGAGCAGGAUGAGUUGAAUUAUACUGAGGAUAUGAUCAAUAACAAUUUCAGCAAUUAUUCUGCGUGGCAUAAUCGUAGUGUACUUCUUUCAAGUUUGCUUGCAAAAAAGGUUGAAGGGUUUCUGCCGAAUGAAAAGAUCCCUGAGGAAUACGAAUUGGUACAUCAAGCUAUAUUUACAGACCCAGAUGACCAAAGUGGCUGGUUCUAUCAUCUUUGGCUUGUUGAUCAAACCAUUAAUGCUGGUUCUCCUAUUCUUGCUUCUUCUUGGCCUACUCAUGGUUCAAAUAUCACCCUAUCUGGAGCUGGGUGCUUGGAUCGGUCUUCUACCCUGUUCACUCCCUUCUGUUCUGAAUCAGAAUCAUUUUUUCUAGUUCUUUAUUUUGAUCAAGAAGUUAGUGGACUAAACUCAGCGACCGUCACGAUUGAAUCUGAACUAAGCGGAAACGAGGAUGUUGUAUGGGUUCCAUUAUCAGCUACAAGUUCUCAAGUUUCCCAUGUAUGGAUAGCUCAUCUGAAUCAUUGCACUUCAGAGCCUCGCUCUUCCAGUGAAUAUAAAGUGAAGGUUAGAAUCGGGAGCUCUCCCGGUAUUGUUUCUUCCAGAGGAUGUAGCUUCAAAGCUCGUUAUGAAAUCGUCUUUACGGUGCAUGUUCAUCCUGCUAAAGCUGAUCCUGCGGAAGGGGUUGGCGUAGUUUCUUGGAUGGAUGACUUUAAUGCUUGGGAUGCACAAUCUAAGUAUUUCAAUGGCCUUGCCUCCUUGUCUCAAUCGAACAUUUUGAGGGAUCAUGACCCAGAAGAGUUUGAGUGGCGUCAUCAAGCCAUGGUCAAGGAGAUUGACUGUUUCCGUGACUUGUUAUCUCUUGCCGACAGCAAAAUCGGAAAGCUUACACUUGCAAGGCUGUUGAUGGCUAACGAAGCUAUGUUAUCUAACAAUGCUGACAAGGUAGCCCAUGUCGAAGAAGUUCUCCAGCUGUAUAAAGAUUUGAUGAAAUCGGAUUCAUCGCAUUACCAAUUCUACAAGGAUGAACAUAGCAUAGCUUUCCUCCGACAGGUGACUUCAAACAGUGAAUCCUUAUCGAGACACCUCUUCCGUUACAAAGAAUCAAACAAGAUCGUCUGUUUACGGCUUAGUAACUUAUCACUCUCUCGGCUAGGCUCCAUCGAGAAUUUACUGUUUGUUCAGAUGCUAGACCUUAGUCACAACGAGCUCCGAUCAACCGAAGGUUUGGAGGCGAUGCAGAUUCUCUCUUGCUUAAAUCUAAGUCACAACAAAAUCAGAAGUUUCUCUGCGUUGGAAUCUCUCAGACAUCUGAAGCAACUAAGAGUUUUAGACAUAUCUCACAACAUUAUCGGCGAGCACUCCGUCGAUACCACAAGGUACCUAUUUUCUUCUCCGCUCUCUCAUUCGGUCGAACCAUGCUGGACCCAAGAUGAAGGCGACCUCCUCGCCAAAUUCUCCGACGCGUUUUUCGUAUUGAGAGUCAUGAAUUUGCAACAACUAGAUGUAGCUGGCAACGUUAUCGCGUGCCGAGAAUUCAGGUCGUUUGUUCUUAAGCUCGUCCCGAAACUCGUAUGGUUUGACGGCGAAAAAGUGAAGUAGAGUUGUCUCGGAUAGUUUUGUUCGUUUAAUACAAUACUCUAUUUAUAUGACAUUGGUACCGCUUCAUCGUUCAGUUUACUUAAUCGUCAUUCAUUGGGCAUUUCGAGUUUUGUGGUAACGUAGGUUCAAUCUGUAGGUCGUGUUGUGUGUGUAGGUUCUAAUUGGUUGCAUGUGUGAUUAUGAACUGAGAUUUUUACUAUAAGACCUUAUGCAUUAGACCUUUGCUAUAA